CCGGGGCCGCCCCCCGCCCCGCCGGCGCCCCGCGGAGCUGCCGCCGGCGCCUCCAGAACUGCCUCUACAACGUCCUGGAGCGGCCCCGAGGAUGGGCCUUCGUCUAUCACGUCUUCAUAUUCCUCCUCGUCUUCAGCUGCCUGGUGCUGUCUGUCUUCUCCACCAUCCAGGAGCACCAGAAACUGGCCAACGAGUGCCUCUUCAUCCUGGAGUUUGUCAUGAUCGUGGUGUUCGGCAUGGAGUACAUCAUCCGUGUGUGGGCUGCCGGCUGCUGCUGCCGCUACCGCGGCUGGCGGGGCCGGUUCCGCUUCGCCAGGAAGCCCUUCUGUGUGAUAGACUUCAUCGUCUGCGUGGCCUCGGUGGCCGUCAUCGCUGCGGGCACACAGGGCAACAUCUUCGCCACAUCAGCACUGCGCAGCAUGCGCUUCCUGCAGAUCCUGCGCAUGGUGCGCAUGGACCGGCGCGGCGGCACCUGGAAGCUGCUGGGCUCUGUUGUCUAUGCACACAGCAAGGAGCUCAUCACCGCCUGGUACAUCGGGUUCCUGGUGCUCAUCUUCUCCUCCUUCCUCGUCUACCUGGCCGAGAAGGAUGCCAAUGCCCAGUUUGCCACCUACGCCGACUCCCUGUGGUGGGGCACAGUCACCCUCACCACCAUCGGCUAUGGGGACAAGACACCGCAGACGUGGCUGGGACGGAUGCUGGCGGCCGGAUUUGCCCUGCUCGGCAUCUCCUUCUUCGCGCUGCCUGCAGGGAUCCUGGGCUCAGGCUUUGCCCUCAAGGUGCAGGAGCAGCAUCGGCAGAAGCACUUUGAGAAGAGGAGGACUCCAGCUGCGAACCUGAUCCAGGCUGCCUGGCGCCUGUACUCGACGGACGUCAGCCGCACGUACCUGACGGCCACCUGGUGUUACUACGACAGCCUCCUGCCCGCCUUCAGAGAACUGGUCCUUAUCUUUGAGCAUUUGCACCGAGUCCGCAACGGAGGAUUUAGGAAUUCAGAGGUGAAAAAGUUGCCGGACGGAGCCCCACCGCCUUAUCACCCCUUCACCCCUGGCCAGAAAAGCGCCAGCCCCGCUGCUUGCGCAGGGGACAGCAACAGGAUGGGCAUCAAGGAGCGGAUCCGGCUGAGCAGCUCGCAGCGAGGCAGCCGGGGCAGGCAGCACCUCGGGCCCCCCCUGCACCGCUCCCCCAGCACCGAGGACCUCCCCGAGGCCUCCAGCCCCACCAAGGUGCAGAAGAGCUGGAGCUUCAACGACCGGACACGCUUCCGAGCAUCCCUGAGGCUCAAGCCUCGGACCACGGUGGAGGCUGACUGCCCACUGGAGGACAGCGGAGAGGAGAAGAGCUCCCACUGUGACCUGACCUGUGAGGACAUCAUGCCGGCAGUGAAGACCCUCAUCCGGGCGGUCAGGAUCCUGAAGUUCCUGGUGGCCAAAAGGAAGUUCAAGGAGACACUGCGUCCCUACGACGUCAAGGACGUCAUCGAGCAGUACUCGGCCGGUCACCUGGACAUGCUGGGCAGGAUCAAGAGCCUGCAGACACGCGUGGACCAGAUCGUGGGCAGGGGCACCCUCCCUGUGGACAAGAAGGUGAGGGAGAAGGUGGAGAAGCCGGCGCUGGAGACGGAGCUGGUGGACGAGCUCAGCAUGAUGGGACGUGUGGUCAAGGUGGAGAGACAGGUACAGUCCAUCGAGCACAAGCUGGACCUGCUGCUUGGGCUCUACUCCCAGUGCCUCCGCAAGGGCUCCGUCAACUCCUUCAGCCUGGCUGCUGUGCGGGUGCCCCCCUGCGAGCCAGACAUCACCUCCGACUACCACAGCCCUGUGGACCACGAGGACAUCUCGGUCUCUGCGCAGACCCUCACCCUCUCCAGGUCGGCCAGCACCAACAUGGACUGAGCAGGGUGGCAGCGGAUGGAUGCUGCACAUGCAGCUGCUGGGAUGGGCAUUGGGAUGGCCCUCACCGU